AUGACAAUUGUUGACAGGUCCUCCGAAAACUCUGACCACGAGUCAGUUGGUUGCAAGAGAUCCCCCUUCACCAGUGGAGACGGGAUGGACAGCAGCUGUUCUAGCAGCUGGGCGGUGGGCCCCACUUUACCUACUGACUCGCCACGGCUGAAGGGUCCGGGGGGCUGCUUGGGCCCGACGCCUGGCGCUGUUGUCUACAAUAGUACGCCUUCCUCUGUGGACAGACCCAAAGAGCAAGUUUUGUGCAGCGGCGACGGCAUUGACGUGCCACAGAAGGUCCUGUUCUCUCCCGAGCGCCUCAGCCUAAAGUGGAACCAAGUUCACCGCAUAGGUGCCGGCCUCCAGAACAUGGGCAACACUUGUUUCCUCAACUCAGCCCUACAGUGUCUCACCUACACACCGCCAUUUGCUAACUACAUGCUGUCACGGGAGCACUCCAAAACAUGUCACGAGCCGGGCUUCUGUAUGAUGUGCACCAUGCAAAAUCACAUCAUUCAGGUUUUUGCCAACUCUGGGAAUGUUAUUAAACCAAUUGGUGUGCUGAAUGAGCUCAAAAGGAUUGCAAAGCACUUUCGCUAUGGAAGCCAGGAGGACGCCCAUGAAUUUAUUAGGUACACGGUGGAUGCUAUGCAAAAGUCCUGCUUGCCUGGAACCAAAUUGGACAGGCAAACGCAGGCAACCACUUUUAUUCAUCAGGUAUUUGGUGGUUACCUAAGGUCCAGAGUCAAAUGUUUAAACUGCAAAGCAGUCUCGGAUACAUUUGAUCCUUUUCUGGAUAUCACUCUGGAAAUCAAAAUGGCUCCAAGUGUCUCAAAGGCCCUGGAGCAGUUUGUCAAGCCAGAGCAGCUGGAUGGGGAGAAUGCCUACAAGUGCUCCAAGUGCAAAAAAAUGGUCACAGCCUCAAAGAGAUUCACUAUCCAUCGCAACUCCAAUGUACUCACCCUCUCUCUGAAACGCUUUGCCAACUUCAGUGGAGGAAAAAUCACAAAAGAUGUAAAAUAUCUGGAGUAUCUGGAUCUGCGGCCCUUCAUGUCCCAGUCACAAGGAGAGGCCCAGCUCUACGGGUUGUUUGCUGUUCUCGUCCACUCUGGAUUCAGCUGCCAUGCUGGACACUACUUUUGCUAUAUUAAGGCAAGUAAUGGUCAGUGGUUUCAGAUGAAUGACUCCUCUGUGACUGUCAGCGACAUCAGGUCUGUUCUUAACCAGCAGGCUUAUGUCCUUUUCUACAUCAAGUCCAGUGAUGGAAAGAAAGAAGGGGACUAUGGUCACAUGACCCAUAACUCUGCUGUACCUGGUCAGUCGUCUCCUAGACCAGUCGUGAUACCCCGCAUCAACACCGCCGGUCAUCACAACAACGGCGGCUUCAUCGGACCGCAGCUGCCUCCACACAUGAUCAAGAAUUCUCUCCACAUGAACGGGAACGGAUCCCUGAGAGACUGUCCCAAACCCAGCACCAGCAGCACAGUUUCCGGUAAACUGAACCACGGCGCGGCUUCCUCUUCCUCUUCGUCGCCUUCGGUGAUACCAGAGCAGGAGAAGCGCCUGAAGCUCUCCUUCUGCAUCGGCCAAGGCAAACCAAAUCGCCCGGCUUCUUCCUCGUCGUCAGCCAGCAGCUCCUCUGCCUCAUCCUCGUCUAGCGCUUCAGCGUCCUCCGCCCAGUCUACCUCAGAGGCCCGCUUCAUCCCACGACAGCUUAACCACAUCAACGGCACCUCGCGCAGUAACGGGGAGCACCAGGGCGGAGGGAACGGAUUGUCUUUCUUGGUGCCGUACAGUCAAGAGUUGUCAGAGGACUCGGACCAGGAUAACGACGGAUCCUUGGAGAACGGUUGCCCGGUGAAGGGUCGCUUGAACGGAAACAAAAGAGCAAACGAGGACUUUGCUAACGGGGAAUCGGAAGCGCAGCACAAUGGAAACGGUUUGAAUGGAAUUACAACGAGCAUAUCGAAAAGCUACCAAAAUGGACACCAUUAUGGACUUCAAAACGGCAAUGGACAUCAUGACAUCUGCAAUGAGGCAUCCCUGGCUGGUUCUCUUCAUAAAAUCCAACCAUCUACCAGUGAAAGCCAGCUCGUCUCUCCAGACAUGAGGGCUAUACGUGUGUCCGAUCCCCAUCCUCAGCAAACAGCCUCUUCCACCAAUCACAUCAAUUCCACUUCGAGCGAGUCCGCAUCCGUCAGUCCAGCAGCCUCCCACGCCUCGCUAGAUGCCUCCCACAGUGUUGGCGGCGCUUGCGCACCUUUCCCAAAAGUUCCUUUUCACCCCGACAAAGCCAAUGACAUCGCGCUGACCAAUGGUUCGACAGCAAUGGCGUCCGAGAAAGAGCAGCUCCGGACGAGUCCGAGUUCCAGAGGCUAUGAAAGGAGGUCGUCGCGGGAAAGGGGACGUGAUAGGCAGCACUUGUCCGACUGGAGCAGAGACAGAGAUAGAAGAGACUACCGGGACAGAAGUCAGGAACGGGAUGGAAAUCGUUCCAGAAAGGACUACAAAAACUACAAUUACCAUCACCGUUCAUACAGAAAUCCGGAUUAUUACUAUAGGGACUGGGAGAGCGAGCGUCGCUGGGAGCGGCCCUCGCACCACCCCAGGGAGCGGGACCGUGACCGCUGCUCAAACCACUACCACUUCUACCACCACCACCGAUCCAGGGAAGCGCGUGAUUAUGACAGAAGGGGGUACAGCCACCGCCACGAGUCCCAAGGACGGAGACGGAAUCAGGACGGGCGGGAAUUUCGCGACGGUAGGGAAAGGGACUACUACUCCCAUAAAGAAAGUGGUAACGACAGGUCAUUUCUGCUGUCGGAGGACCAAAAUCAUAAAAGGAGUGGUCGCUCGGUGAGCUCUGAAGAACGCCACAGCAAAAAACACAAAAAGGGCAAGAAGAAGUCCAAGGAUAAGGAGCGAAACCGUGAGAGUGGUAGCUCCGAUUCGGACCGAGGCCACGAACUCAAAAAGAAGAAAAAGCGGUGGCACCAGAGCGAGCAGCGCAGUCGCAAAGAACGGCAGGACCGCAAACGGCGUCACUCCAAGGACAAUGAACACGACGAGCAUGGCCGCUCACCUGAGAAACGACGCCGCGUUGACCGUGACGACGUCAGCCCCGACGCCCCUGUGCUCGGGCCGCUUCACAGCCAAUUUAACGGUUAUGCGGGAAACGGUUACAGCCAAGCCAACGGUGUCUCUCAUUGA